CACAGUGUGUCCAUUGGAAACAAAGAGGAAUUCUUAUUUCAUAUUUUGAUUGUGUCGGCCAUUUUUGUGUACAUGUUUAUAGCUAACUAUACCGGGCAAGAAAUUAUGGAUCACAAUAAUUAUAUAUAUAUUACAGCAUACAAUGUUCGAUGGUAUGUAGCCCCCGUGUACACUCAGAAGUUGAUACUUUUUAUAUUACAAAGAAGUGGCAAAGCAGUUGCUUUGAAUUUUGGCAAUAUAAUUGUGGUAUCUUUAGAGUGUUUUGCCAUGGUCAGGUGUUUACUGGAGCAACUACAACAUAUCUAUAAUGAAAUAAAAGAUGAAAAUGAAAUUGCCAUCAUAGAAAAGUAUGGACUAAACGCGAAACAUUAUACAAUUAGAAUCAUACGUGUUAGUACAAGAUUUCGUUAUCCAUAUCUUGUACUUUAA